GAACAGAUCAAUCCCGGAAAUCGUGAACCGUCCAUCUUUGGCAUCUUUCCCCUUUGGACAUUUUGUGGAUGGAUCGUGGCUAUCACAUAGCGCCUGCUGCAGCAUUUAUCUUCAGCAACCCGUUACGCAAGCCAUCCCGCAGACGUUGUCUACACACAGUGCCAAAGCCUGCAGGGUGCCACCCUUUUUCCUCCGAGGCGCCAGAAGCGGCGUCUAAAAUUCCGCUGCCAACAUUAUCACACCCGAGACUUCCCCGACAUGCCCAGAAGUCUUCUCAGGGCGCGGCUCCAUUUGUGCCACAGCUGGCCAUCACCACCUGAAACCGCCUGCAGAGCUGUCAACUCGGGUCUCCGUGGCAUUGUUGUCUCACCAUUCUAUCCUCCGCCCUUCCAAGCUGCCAAGCUAUCGGACCACAUUUACUUUGUACAAAGGAAGCAGAUCGGGGGGACGGCGCCUCCACGAUCCCUUAUUCCGUUCCAUGAACGCC